AUGGAAUAGUUACAGUAAAGUAUUUCAGAGAUCCUUGGCAGCCCUUUGAUUGAACUGCACCGCAUGGAAUAGUUACAGUAAAGUAUUUCAGAGAUCCUUGGCAGCCCUUUGAUUGAACUGCAUACAGAAUGCUGUGUGCUGACCUCACACCCUCUUGAUACAGUUGCUAAGCAACGAAUUUGCCAGUCAUACAAGACCACUGAUGUUGAAGAACUAUUCUGUGUCAUUUAAAAUGAUGAAUCCCUUUUCACAAUAUUAAAUAUUGCCUGUUAAGGGCUCACUGUCACUGAUAAAGAUGUUCCAAUGCAUUUAAAUGAACUGAUUAUCUGUAGGUUGCUGUGCUAUAUAUGUCGACUGUCAGGUUACAUUGCUGUAAUUGACCAGACACCUGCACGCGUCUCCUUUGCACUAACAACAGAAUGUUUAUGACGUAUGUUCUCAGUGUUUUAAACAUAGUUAAGAAUAACAGACUCAUAACAAUUUAAUGAAAACACAAUUAAAACAAUAUACGACGCAGAAAAAACAUGCACAACUACAGGACUCCUGCAGAGCUAAGAUUUUUUUCCCCUGUCCAGCAGUAAAGAGAAGCAAACAAGCUGCGUUGUUCUGAAGGGGUAAGUGUUGCGCGCCUCUCUAGAAUGCACCGUUCAUUUGACGGCUAGCAGGUGCUGAUCUCAUGUUGACAUCACCUAAGCAGCCCUGUGUUUAGUCAAAUAUAUAUUAUAAUAACAUUCUUCAGUUACCUCCCCAUUCCAUAGACUACUUAAUCCGAAGAUGGUAGCGAAGCAAAGGAUCCGGAUGGCAAACGAGAAACACAACAAAAAUAUCACUCAAAGAGGGAACGUUGCUAAGACCCUGCGACCCCACGAGGAGAAAUCUCCAGUUGGCCCCUGGCUUUUGGCCCUUUUUCUAUUUGUUGUUUGUGGAUCAGGUGAUUAUACUGGUACCCUGGUGUGAGAAUCUGAAUACUUGAAUAACACUGUCUUUGCCAGUUGCUUGUCUUUUUUGGAUCUCAGUCACAAUCCAUGGUAUGAUUUCGUAAUUUUCAUGUACAAAAUGAAUUGUACCGAAGUACUUGAUCUGUUGGGACUCAUCCUGCCCUUUCCUCAGCCAUAUUCCAGAUCAUACAAAGCAUCCGUAUGGGCAUGUGAAUCUUGAGUCUGUUUGGAGCUCCAUUCCCCAACAACCUCUUCUCACAGUCCCUUCCUACCCCUGACUAAGGCCUUGGAGAACCUGGAGGAGGAUUGGAGGCUGCAGAUUCAUUCAUUCCUCCAAUUAGCGGAUGAAACUUGGCACGGCAUCAUGUGUACAUGACCCUGUGGCUAUUGUGUGUAUAUUGUGUCAAGGAAAGUUGUGUCACUUUUUGGCAAUUUCCCCUCGCAUUUUUCUCUUCAUGGAAGGUGUAUCUCAUUGGAGAUGUGCCAUAAUUAUGUGUAUGUGAGUAUAUAUAGGUGUGUGUGUGUGUGGGAGAGAGAUUUUUUUUCUAAUAAAUAUUGAAUGCAUUUGCCAAGUGUCUAUUGUCAGUUCUCCAUUGCUGUUGCACAAGAUCCUUCAGAGUACAGUGUUUGUGACAUGGGAAUGGCUUUAACUUCCAUGUAUCCAAAACUUGAACUAAACUGAAAUUUUAGAAAAUGUAUUUCAGCUUCAGCUUUUUAUCUGUUUCCUGGUCUUUUGCUAUGGCAUACUUUCCCCCCUCACUAAGACACAGUGCUAAUCUUUCCAGGUUGAGUUUGAUGGACAUUACCUGAUUUUACAGGGAAACCGUACACCGUUCGUACUCGAAUUAUCACCUGCACUUAGCUUGUUUUGUAUCUGUUUGUUUAAUUUAUAACGUAUAAGUGUACAUGAUUUGUCCAAGUGGCCAUAUCAAUCCAUAGCAAGUAUAGCAAAAGCUUAAUUUGAUAGAAUGACAAGUAGUUCUGAAACUUAGAUAUGAUGGUCUUAUACUUGAAAUGCAGUUACAUCCAUCCAACUGAUGGGAUAUAAUUUAUACCAUAUAUUGAAGAUUCAGUCUUAGGUUUUAGUCAGUCAAGAUCCAGGUUUUAAUCUUAUACAGUGGUGGCCAACCAAGGGAGACAAAGCCUGAACGUCCACUCAUAGCUUCACCUCAGACUCGUCUGACUUAUUCCUUCAGGGAUCUGUUCUUAAAAAGCUGAGUUUAGGGGUGUUACCGUCUAUUCAAAGCCAUGGUUGCAGGGCUCUUUGUAUCGACCUGGGGGGGGGGGGGGAGGUAAGACCAAUGUCGCACCUCACUCCCCUGGCCAAAAUCAAGUAU